AUGACUGAAGUACACGCAUUCUGUCGCAACCAAGAAAAGCUGGAGCGCCUUGUUCCGCGAGUUAUAUCCGAUGCUCGCGUGAAGGUCUUUGUAGGGGGCAUUGGUGACACUGAAACUCUGGCAGCAUGUUUACAUGGCUGCAACGCCGUGUUUCUGUGCAUUACAACAAACGACAACGUUCCCGGCUGUCGCGUGGCGCAGGACACGGCAUUGGGUGUCGUCAAAGUGCUGGAAAGAUCCCGGGCAGACGGCUUCUUGCCGAUGCCAAAACUAGUUCUGCUAUCUUCGGCAACCAUUGAUGAUGUUCUCUCUCGCAACACGCCUUGGGUACUCCGAAGUAUCUUGCUCAAGUCGGCAUCACAUGUGUACGAAGACCUGCGCAAAACGGAAAUACUCCUUCGUGCGGAGCAGGACUGGCUGACCACGAUUUUUAUCAAACCCGGCGCACUAUCGGUUGAUAUUCAGCGUGGCCAUGCUUUGAGUCUGACGGAUGAAGACAGCCCAGUCUCGUACCUUGAUCUAGCAGCUGCCAUGAUUGAAGCCGUCAACGAUCCCCAGGGGAGAUACGAUAUGCGAAAUUGGGGCUACUGA